GAUGAGGGUAACACCUCUACCAUGUCUACUCUGGCUGGCCUUCCUUCACUAUUCUACAAAUCAACAAGCUGCUCUGACUGUGAGUCCCAGCAGAUCUCAGUUCUUUAAAGGAAACUCUGUGUCUCUGAGCUGUGAGGAGAACAACAGCUCUGCUGGAUGGACUGUUUGGAGGAACACAACCAGAGGACAGUCUGAGUGUAAAGGUCCAUGGGGGAAACCAGAUGGUCUAAGAUGUUACAUGACCUCCUUGUUCCCAGAUGACAGUGGAGUUUACUGGUGUUCCUCCAGAGAGGGAGCAGCCAGCAGCAGCAUCCAGCUCACUGUCACUGGUGGAUCAGUGAUCCUGCAGAGUCCUGUCCUCCCUGUGAUGGAGGGAGAUGACGUCACUCUGAGCUGUCUAACAAAGACCACUCCCUCCAACCUCCCAGCUGCUUUCUAUAAAGAUGGCUCCCUCAUCAGGACUGAGCCCAAAGGUCACAUGACCCUCCACCAUGUGACCAGCUCUGAUGAAGGCCUCUACAGGUGUAACAUCAGGGGUCAUGGAGAGUCUCCAUCACGCUGGAUCUCUGUUGAAGAGAAACCAUCCUCAGUCUCAAGAAAUCUCGCCUCUUAUGUUCCUACCACCAAUCCUCCUUCAGAUUCCCAGUUUCCUCUCUCCUUGAUCGCGUCUCUUUCAUGCAUCAGUCCACUGGUUUUACUGCUGAUGACUCUACUGAUAAAACAAAGAUGUUACAAGAAAACUGGAAAUGGGAUGGAAACCUUCUCUCAGUUCCUCAGGACAGAGUUCAGGGAGGAAGACAUCAAGUUCUGGUCGGUCUGUGAAUACAGAACCACUGAUCCAGGAACAGAGCUGCUGUCCAAAGCCAGAUCUAUUUCUACAGCCUUGAUGGAAGCAGAGGCCUCCAAGCAGAGUGUGUUGAUGUUCUAGCAGAGCUUCCAGUAGAACCAGACCUCAUCUACUCCUCAGUGAGGUAGUCCACCAUCUGACCUCUGACCUCCAGCUGCUGCCUUCUGACUGCUUCAUCCAACAGACUCUGUUUACUUCUACAUUCAUGUUUCUAUCAUCCUGCUGUUAGAACAUUUCUCUCUAUGUAGAACUAGAGCACUCAGAGAAACCAGACCAGAUCUAGAUCAUCACCCAAGUU